AUGGACGCCUUCAAGGGGGGCAUGAGCCUGGAGCGGCUACCGGAGGGACUCCGGCCGCCGCCGCCGCCGCACGACAUGGGGCCUGCCUUCCACCUGGCCCGCGCCGCCGACCCCCGCGAGCCGCUCGAGAACUCCGCCAGCGAGUCGUCAGACACGGAGCUGCCAGAGAAGGAGCGCAGCGGCGAAGUCAAGGGGCCGGAGGACAGCAGCGCGGGAGGCGCAGGCUGCGGCGGCGGGGAGGACCCGGCCAAGAAAAAAAAGCAGCGGCGGCAACGCACUCACUUCACAAGCCAGCAGUUGCAAGAGCUGGAGGCCACGUUCCAGAGGAACCGCUACCCCGACAUGAGCAUGCGGGAGGAGAUCGCUGUGUGGACCAACCUCACCGAGCCGCGCGUGAGGGUCUGGUUCAAGAACCGGCGAGCCAAGUGGCGGAAGCGCGAGCGCAACCAGCAGCUGGACCUGUGCAAGGGCGGCUACGUGCCGCAGUUCAGCGGCCUGGUGCAGCCCUACGAGGACGUGUACGCCGCCGGCUACUCCUACAACAACUGGGCCGCCAAGAGCCUGGCGCCAGCGCCGCUCUCCACCAAGAGCUUCACCUUCUUCAACUCCAUGAGCCCGCUGUCCUCGCAGUCCAUGUUCUCGGCACCCAGCUCCAUCUCCUCCAUGACCAUGCCGUCCAGCAUGGGCCCCGGCGCCGUGCCCGGCAUGCCCAACUCGGGCCUCAACAACAUCAACAACCUCACCGGCUCCUCGCUUAACUCGGCCAUGUCACCGGGCGCCUGCCCGUACGGCACGCCCGCCUCGCCCUACAGCGUCUACCGGGACACGUGCAACUCGAGCCUGGCCAGCCUGCGGCUCAAGUCCAAGCAGCACUCGUCGUUCGGCUACGGCAGCCUGCAGGGCCCGGCCUCGGGCCUCAAUGCGUGCCAGUACAACAGCUGA